GGGAAGGAGGGGUCUUAAGGGGCGGCGAGGCCAGGUCGGACUUCCUUGGAGCCUGGCGAUCGGCGACGAGCCCACCUUUUACUCCAGCUCUCUGCCCCGCUCCGCGCCUUCCGGAGCCCCGGACCCGAGCACGAUGUGGAAACGCUGGCUGGCGCUAGCACUGGUGGCCGUCGCCCUGGUCCACGGCGAGGAAGAACCAAGGAGCAAAUCCAAGAUCUGCGCCAAUGUGUUCUGUGGAGCUGGCCGGGAGUGUGCAGUCACAGAGAAGGGGGAGCCCACAUGCCUCUGCAUUGAGCAAUGCAAACCUCACAAGAGACCUGUGUGCGGCAGUAAUGGCAAGACCUACCUCAACCACUGUGAGCUUCACAGAGACGCCUGCCUCACUGGAUCCAAGAUCCAGGUGGACUAUGACGGACACUGCAAAGAAAAGAAGUCCGUGAGUCCCUCUGCCAGCCCGAUUGUCUGCUAUCAAGCUAACCGCGAUGAGCUCCGGCGUCGCAUCAUCCAGUGGCUGGAGGCUGAGAUCAUUCCAGACGGCUGGUUCUCGAAAGGCAGCAACUACAGUGAGAUCCUGGACAAGUACUUUAAGAACUUUGAUAACGGUGACUCUCGCCUGGACUCCAGUGAAUUCCUGAAAUUCGUGGAGCAGAAUGAAACAGCCAUCAACAUCACCACUUACGCUGACCAGGAGAAGAACAGGCUGCUCAGAGGACUCUGCGUGGAUGCUCUCAUCGAGCUGUCUGAUGAGGACGCUGACUGGAAACUCAACUUCCAGGAGUUCCUCAAGUGCCUCAACCCGUCCUUCAACCCUCCUGAGAAGAAGUGUGCCCUGGAGGAUGAAACCUACGCAGACGGAGCCGAGACCGAGGUAGACUGUAACCGCUGUGUCUGCUCCUGCGGACACUGGGUCUGCACAGCAAUGACCUGUGAUGGAAAGAAUCAGAAGGGGACCCAGACCCAGACAGAGGAGCAGAAGACCAGAUACGUCCAGGAACUCCAGAAGCACCAGGAAACCGCUGAAAAGACCAAGAAGGUAAACACCAAAGAGAUCUAACAAGAAGCACACAGCGCCGUGUCUAGAGCCCAGCGUCUCCUCUUCAGCGCUGCGUCCAGCACACACGAGCGUCUGCUGCGAUCACCAAACCACCAGUAUUUGCUUGUCUGGCAAUGAAUAUUAUUUCGUUUGUUUUGCAAUGAAGGAAAUGAGGGUGGCUGGCUAGCGAGGGAAGGCCACGACCUUCAUUUCUAGGAGUGCUUUAAGAGAAACCAUAGGGUGCUGUGGGGCCGGAGGCCAGUAAGGCAACUGCAUCAGGCUGACAGAGGAGCAGACGCGGGUCUGAAGGAACCCUUCCUGGGGCACGGCAGCUGAGUGGAGGCCGCAGGGCAGGCAUGUGAUGUUGUGGGGAGGACUGAGCUGGCUCUGCUGGAGGAAGGGAGGAGCCCUGCUGCCCGGACCCUGUCACCACUGUUGCAUGCAGCAUGUCUGCUUCCCCUCCUGGUCCCAACAAUCACCUGAAUACACAGCCAUCCCACUAGUUACCUGUGUCCCUCAGAUCUGGAUGGAGUUUCCAGGAGGUUGUGUUUAAAUGAUGCAGAUACUUAGUGUACUUCAAGCGCCAUGGAGACCUAACCAAAAUUUUAAAAUACAUUUUUUUUUAACCAAAGGUGCUAUUUCUCUGUAAAAGACUGUUUUUUUUUUUUUUUUUUGCAAGCUGACUUCAUUCCUCGAUUAUUAUCAUUAUAUUAUUAUUGUCAUUUUUUAGUAUAUUUUUCUUGGCUAGAUUUUAAGCUUUCAUAAUUAUUUUUUUCAGUAGUCCUACUGUUUCAAAGGGGAAAGGAGGUUGGGAGCUUUUCUGGGUACAGGGAACUCUGCAGCAUAAAUGGCCCCUUCCCCUGCCACACACUAGACUAGAUGCAACCCAGGGCUGCACCACCCCACCCCUGACUUCCAGAAGGUAAGCUACGUGCCAAGAAUACGGGAUAGAUGCCUCAGACAGAAGCCAUAGGACGAAGCAUCUUCAUAGACAGUUGUUGAGACCCAAAUAGUUCAUUUGUUUUUGUUUCUUGUGAGAUGUUUCAAGGACGGAAGCCCAGGCUGUCCCAGCCUGCCAACACACUGUGAUCCGUGGCUAACUGGCAGUGUGGCUCUGGCCCUCUCUGCUCUUAUUUCUGGGUGUCAGUUUCCUUAGCAAGCUGAUAAGAAUGCAUUCUGGAAUUUAAUAAAUAAUAUAGUUUGUGGCUUAGGUAGCUGGUCCAGAGGAAGCUAGUGGUUCACUGCCCUCUCCUUAGGCUAGAUGAAGCCAUACAACAAGAAAAGACAGCCGGUAACAGCAUGGCCCGGUUUUGCCUUGGUCUAAAUGAUCCUUUCAGGUAGCUGGAGUGAGGACUUCAUGGGUCAGUCUGCCCAGGAAGAGAGUGUGAAGGAAAACCUUCACCCUUCUCCACAUAGUGCACACGAGUGCUGUCUCUAGUUGGAGUCAGAGAUUUCCCCAUACAGAUGAAGGCAGAAGUUUUCAGAUUUGAAAACAGUUGAAAAUGAGGAUUGAAUCUUAGCAAGGGGACGGUGGGGGAGCGACACACCACUCAGUUAUUGCAGAUCCAUUCGUUCUUUGAACCUCUGAUUCUUUAACUCCCUUAUUGCCAUGUUUCAUGUGCACUUAACAUCCCCCCUCCAAAAAAAAUGAGACCCUUAUCUUAUUUGCAAAACUCACUAUAGACCCUACAGAUAAAGUAUUGAGGUUUUCCUGCACAGGCAAAUGCAGAAAGUUGGGAUGGAAGUGGAAUUCCUCCUGAAUAGUUUCCCUGCUCUCUUUCGAAAGGAGACGACUCUGUUGCCGAGUGUUCUGAGCUUUUAUGUACCAUCCCAUUCAAAAACUCUUUGAACCCCUGGUGCAGUCUGGAUUUCAACUCCCUCUCCGAGUGCCUUGGAGAACUCACAGCAGCAGCAGCAUGCCUUAAUCAAAAGUUUUGCCAGUUCUUGGAUGUGAUGGGGGAGGGCAGGAAUAUCACUUUGCUGAAGCAAGCAGCUACAGUAUCUGUUCACCAGUCAUCUUUAGCACAGUGGUUUUCAACCUUGGCUACCCCACCCCAUAACACUGAAUACCCAAGGGCAAGCCAACGUUCCUCUUGAGUGCCACUACUCUGUGUAAAUAAGGCGGCUGUUGUCUGCGGCACCGUAGAUUAUGUGGUGCCUUAACCAUUCAUGAAAAGCUGCUAAGUAGCCUAGUUUGGAGAGCCUUAGGUGGAGCUUUGCAUGGGACUAACAAGCAGGACUGCAUCCAGUUCAGUUCCUACAGUCCUCCAGAGGCCUGUAGGCCACGGCUGCAAGCUCCUUGGGCUUUGUGUGUGUGUCCUUAAUAAACAGCAGUGUCUCUUAAAGAUUCAGAGCCCAGGGAGGCCUCCCCAUAUACAAAUGCCGGACUAUGGGUACUACUGUCAGUCUUGGGAAAGCAGGCUCCUCCAUCUAUAGCCAAGUCCAUGUGAACAGUCUGAAUUCCUUCAUUAUACCCAUGACCUAAAUGUUAAACUUCAGGAAAUAGUUUCAACAGCUUUCUGUUGCCCGUGUGGUUAUGAAAAUGCCUUUGUAUUUAGUGUGCUUCCAUAGUUCAUUUAACUUGUUUUUGUAAUUUCUGAUUUUUGUUACUAUUAAUAAAUAAAACUAAAAUCAUA